AUAUCGAUCGGACCGAUGGCGUCUUACGAAUACCCAACGCUCCGGAACUUUCAGUGGUAAUCUCGACUCACCCCCACCACACGUAGAAACAGCGAGGAGGCGGACCAUAAGAUCACUCGGAACGCUGAAAGUUGACUUGCAAACGAGACUGGAAAACAAGCGAUUGGAACCUGUGUGCAGCAAACCCGACGACGACUCACUGAGGCGAAAUAGAAGCAGGAGCCCGCAGCCAUGUCUUACUUUAUGACCCAUCUGCCAUCCGGGUGGCACGUAGACCAAGCCAUCGAAGUCGAGGAAGAUCGAGUGGUCUGUAUUCGGUUCGGGCACGAUUGGGAUCCGAACUGCAUGGUCAUGGAUGAGACGCUGUACGGAGUGCAAGGGAAGCUUCAGAACUUUGCGGUCAUCUACCUGGUUGACAUCACGAAGGUGCCGGACUUCAACAAGAUGUACGAGUUGUACGACCCGUGCACCCUGAUGUUCUUUUACCGAAACAAACAUAUCAUGAUUGAUUUGGGUACCGGUAACAACAACAAGAUCAACUGGGCGAUCAGUGACAAGCAGGAGAUGAUCGACAUUGUGGAGACCGUCUACCGAGGAGCGUCUAAAGGACGAGGUCUUGUCGUGGCUCCCAAAGAUUAUUCAACACGGCACAAGUACUAGGAGGCCGGGAAGGAAUCGGGGCUGGUUGGCUGGUCUGCCACGCACAUGUACAAGAGCAAUAUGGAUAUUGGACUUUGCAUUCAACCGAGAAGGCUGUACCCCCGUGGAGUUCGCAAUACUUUUCAGCAUGAAAUACCGCAUGGAUCAUCACCUCUUAUAACCGCCUCUCGUCACUAGAUACCGAGGACCGCCCGCUUCGCGGGUUCGAACCACGAUCGACGCCCGCUCCGUACGUUCAAGAAAUCGAAUAUGCUCCC